AAUAUAUAAGCAUAUUCGUUUCAGAGAUCAUUACUGUGGAUCGGUCUUGAUCUUCUUGGACAGAACUGAAUUUUCUAUCUUUUGAAUCAUAUAAAUUUUUACCGAACUACGAUGGCGCGCAUUAUUCUUCUAGUGACUGUGCUGGCGGCUUUGGGUUACAUGAGCCAGGCCAUACCAGUACCAGAAAAUUUGGAAAAUCAACUUGAAGAGCUUGAAAAUAAGAUCAAAGAACGGAUUGAAAAGCUUAAGGAAAAUGAUUCUCUCAAGGACCUUGCAGAGAAAGCUGAACAAAUUAUAGAAAACAAAAUCGAAGAAGUAAAUAAAAAACUCGAAGACCUUCUUGAAAGUAUACAAGGAGGAGCCACGCAAAAUUUGCAAUAUGUUUUUGCUGCUGAAAUUAAAAAUGAUGCCGUCCAGGAGAUCGCUGAUGAAAAACUUGAAAAACUGGUAAAACAGAUAAUUGAUCAAGUAAUUUCAAUAGUGAAGAAGCAGAUAAAAAAAGAAAUCUUACCGGACAUCGACACUAUAAAACAAUUGAUUGAGUUGGCAAAGACACUCGCGAAGGCAGGUAAAAUAAGUAUUGAACAUUUGAAGAAGAUAAGAGAGACUUUACAGAAAGCAGGAGAAAAGUUGAAGGAAAUUGUCGGUAGGGUUAACGAAUUAAGGAAAGUUGCUAUAGAGCAAGUUUUGGAGAGAAUCGGAAAAUUGCAAGAAAGAGUGAAAGAGGUAGUUGAUAAAGUGAAAGAAAAACUAGAAAACGUAGCUGGUGAAGCUAAAGAGAAGUUAAACGAUGCACUCGACAAACUAAAAUCGAGAAUAAACGAAUUGGAUAAAAAAGUUAAAGAAAUCAUAGACAGCGGUCUCGGUAAAGUAAAAGAUGCGCUUAAAGAAGUUGAUGGCAAGCUUCAGGAGGUAAAAGAUCAGUUCAAGGAUAUCUCUGGAAAAGUUUUAGAUAAAACAAAAGAAGAAAUAAAUAAAGUCAAGGAUAUAGCAGAAGACAUCUUUGAUAAAACCAAAGAUGCUGUUGGAAAAGGUAUAAAGGAUGCAGGAAAACUCGUCGAGGGAACAGCAGACAAGAUCGAUGAUGGCUUAAAAAUUAUAGGAAAAUCCAUCAAGGACAAUGUGGAGUCGAUUGGCGAGAUAGGUAAAAAAGGAGUUGGCAAUGUCAUUGAAGGAGCGAGCGAUUUCACUGGAAAAAUCAUAGAAGGAUCGAUGAAUAUCGCCGGAAACAGCGUAAAUAAAGCAGGAGAGGCCGUUGGUAAAGUGACAAAAGAUGUCGGAGACUUCGUAGAAGGAGCGGGAGAUGCUCUCAAGAAUUUGGGUAAAGGCUUACUACCGAAAAGCAGAAAAGAUUGAUGAAAUAAUGGAAAAUAUAACGGAAGAUGCCAAGGAUACUUUCAACUAUUUAACAGACUAACACACUCAUAUACAUACAAAGUCAUAAUAUAGAAAAUAUAAUUUAAAA